CCCGCGGGGGGAGCGGGCGGUGGAGCCGCCCCUGCGCGGAGCCCUCCGCGCACCCUCCAUCCCCUCCCGCGAGCACUCCAUCCCCCGGCAAACAUUCCAGCCCUCUGCGCAUCCUUCCAUCCCCUCCCGCGAGCACUCCAUCCCCCGGCAAACAUUCCAGCCCUCUGCGCAUCCUUCCAUCCCCUCCCGCGAGCACUCCAUCCCCCGGCAAACAUUCCAGCCCUCUGCGCAUCCUUCCAUCCCCUCCCGCAAACGCUUCAUCCCUCCCUGCGCGCCUUCCAUCCCCCCCGCGCACCCUCCACCUCUGCGCGCCCCCCAUCCUUCCGCGCACUCCUUCAACCCCCGCUCCCCCUCCAUCCCCCCGCGCACUCCUCCGUCCCUCCGAGCAUCUCUCCACGCAUUUCUCCAUCCCUCCGCGCACUCCUCCAUCCCUCCGCGCAUCUCUCCGUGUCCCCCCCCGCGCACCCUGCGCCUGCCCCCGCGCCGGCAGGGCCGCUCCUGCGCGGGGAUGGAGGAGCGGCCGCGCUUCCUCUGCGGCGUGGUGGAAGGUUUCUAUGGGAGACCAUGGUCAAUGGAUCAGAGGAAACUUCUCUUUCAAUGGCUGCAACGCCGGGGGCUGAACUGCUACAUGUACGCGCCCAAGGAUGAGCUGAAGCACCGGCUGCUCUGGAGAGAGCCCUACACAGAGCAUGAGGCAGCCCGCAUGCGGUCUCUCAUCGAAGCUGCCCACGAGCAGGGUGUGGAGUUUAUUUUUGCCAUUUCUGCUGGCCAGGACAUGGUGUUUUCCAGCGCUGGGGAUCGGCUCCUGCUGCAGCAAAAACUCAGGCAGGUGGCUGCCAUGGGGUGCCGCUCCUUCGCGCUGCUCUUUGACGACAUCGACCCCUGCAUGUGCCAAGCUGACAGAGAUGUCUUCCCCUCCCUGGCACAGGCUCAGGCCUCUGUGGCCAACGAGGUGUACCAGGAGCUGGGCCAACCCUCCGUCUUCCUCUUCUGCCCUACAGAAUAUUGCAGCUCGCUCUGCUCUCCCAGCCCCAGCCAGUCCUGCUACCUGCAGACCAUUGGCCAGGAGCUGCUCCCAGGGAUCGGUGUCAUCUGGACAGGCCCGAAGGUGGUGUCACAGGAGCUCUCAGCGGUGCUGCUGGAGGAGGUGGAGGCUGUCCUGAAGCGUCCCCCCGUCAUCUGGGACAACCUCUACGCCAACGAUUAUGACUGCAGACGUGUCUUCCUGGGCCCCUACAUGGGCCGUGCUCCUGGCCUCAUGUCCAGGCUCCAAGGGCUGCUCCUCAACCCCAACUGUGAGCUCCAGGCCAACUUCAUCCCCAUCCACACACUGGGUACUUGGUUUCAGAGCGAGCUGGGGAGCUGUGCCCACCCUGACCCUGCAGGAACAGAGGUGGUAGCAGCCCUGGGGGACAACCAAGAUGCUCAGGAUGGAAGCUACAGCCCCCAAGAAGCCUUGGAACUGGCUCUGCGUGACUGGGUGGCUGAGAUAAACCAGCAGGCCUUGGAACCAGGAGGAAGGACCCCAGGACACCCCAGUGUCAGCCUCAAGGGAGGACCAAGGCUGCAGCCUGGCACGGCGGGAGGACAGGAGGUCACUCCCCACCCUCAGCCCCACAGCUCUGCUCCUGGUGGGGCAGAUCAGCACAGCCCUGAGCCCUGCCAAGUGGCACCAGAGGAGGGGUGCAGGGAGGUGACCUCGGAGCCUGAGAAGGACAGUGGGAACAGGACACCCCCUGGCCAUCAGCAGAGCCCUACAAGGGCUGGGGAGCAGCUCACCACAGGGAGCACAGAGAGCUCUGAGCCCUCCUCUGCUCUGCCCAGUGUGGCUGGGAGUGCCCAGUCUGAGGGAAUCCCAGUGGCCACCAAGAGCCUCCCCAGCCCCACCACGAGCUCCAGCAAUGGGAACAAUACCAGUCAGAACAUUUCCUUGCCCACCAGUGAUGCCAGGACAGGGAAUGGCAGCCCUGUCCAGUCUCCCAGCAGCACCCAGCCUGAGGCCAUCGGGACUGAUGUGCCCCAGAUACCCCCAGGACCUGGGGCUGGUGCCAACCCUGGUGCCCCAGCCCCACUGACUGAUGAGGCUGGUGCUAGCCCUGGUCCCAUGGCACCAGUGACCCCAGAGGAGGCUGGGUCUGGCCCCAUGGCACCACUGACCCCCAAGGAGGCCACAACCAGCCCCACAGCACAGGUGACCCCAGAGGAGGCUGGGUCUCAACCCAUGAUCCCCAAAGAUGCCACGACAAGCUUCACAGCACAGGUGACCCCAGAGGAGCCCAGGACCAGUUCCAUGGCACCAGUGACCCCAGAAGGGGCUGGGUCUGGCGCCAUGACCCCCAAAGAUGCCAGGACCAGCCCCACAGCACAGAUUAUCCCAGAGGAGGCCAGGACCAGCCCCACGGCACCAGUGACCCCAGAGGAGGCUGGGUCUGGCCCCGUGACCCCCAAGGAGGUCAGGACCAGCCCCAUGGCACCAGUGACCCCAGAGGAGGCUGGGUCUGGCCCCGUGACCCCCAAGGAGGUCAGGACCAGCCCCAUGGCACCAGUGACCCCAGAGGAGGCUGGGUGUGGCCCCAUGACCCCCAAGGAGGUCAGGACCAGCCCCACAGCACAGGUGACCCUAGAGGAGGCCAGGACCAGCCUCAUGGCACCGAUGACCCCAGAGGAGGCUGGGUCUGGCCCUAUGGCACCGAUGACCCCAAAGGAGGCCAGAUCCAACCCCACAGCACCACUGACCCCAGAAGAGGCCGUGUCCAGCCCUACAGCACCACUGACCCUGGAGGAGGUGCGGAUGCUGGUGGAGCUCUUCUACCUGCCCUACCACCACGGGGCUCUGGCACAGGAGCUCCUGGAGCACUUUCGGUGGCUGCGGGCUAACAGCCUCAGCGUGGGGGUCCCGGCCACGGCGCCCGAUGCCUGCGGGGGCACGCGGUGGCGAGGCCGGGCUCAGUCCUUCCAGCUGCUCUGCGCGAGGACGUGCCGCCUGCACAGCCGCUUCGUCAGCACCGCCAGCCGGGCGCUGCUCUACGACCUGCACCCCUACCUCUGGGACAUCCGCAACAUGCUGCUGGCCGCCAGUGCCUUCAUCCUCUGGCUGGAUGGUCACCUCCUCUGCGACCCUGACCCCAAGGGCACCUGGGGGAACUGCUUUGGCUGGUGCCAGAGUAUCACUGCCCCCAUCCUGCUGGGGAGGGAUGCCGAGCCCUGGGCGCGUCGUGGGGGUCUCUUUGGAGAGCUGCAGGCACUGCUGCCUGUGGGGAACAGCUGUGACCUCUUUUACCAUCCACCCCCGCUCUUCCCAUCCAGCCAGCUGUACCUGCUGCGCCCGCUGCUGCCCCUGGACAAAGGAGAGCUUUACCGCAUGUGCCGGGAGAGUUUGGACUGUGAUCCUAAAGUGGCAGAGAUCCUCGUGGCCCACCCGGAUCUCCUCGGUGACAGGCUCCUGGGCAGCUUCCUCAGCCUGAGCCCCGAGUACACCUUUGUGCUGGAGGAUGAGGGUGGCCCCUGUGGCUACGCCGCCGGAGCACUCCAUGCCGAAGGCUUCCUGCAGCAGCGGGACAGCAGCUGGCUGCCAGCCAUACGGCACAAGUACCCCCCAGACCUGGGCACAGGGAGCCCAGCUCUGGGACAGGAUGCCCUGGAGGAAGCAGUGCUCUUCUUCCACGCAGAGCCACUGGCAGUGCCCCAGCCUGUGCUGAGGCGCUUCCCCUCCCUGGUACAGCUGGGCACGGCCCCCCGUGUGCUGGACGUGGGGGCCAGUCGCAGCCUGGCCCUCUGCCUGCUGAGCGCACUCAGGGCCAACGGGUCACGAGGAGUGUUCUGCCAGGUCAGUGAUGCCGACCGGCAGCAGCUGAGCUUCUACAGCAAGCUGGGCUUUGUUGCCCUGCCGGUGGCCUGGGGCAGCUCUCCUGGCGCUCAGCUCCUGGGACGUCUCCUCUGACGGGGCACAGGGAGGCAGUGCCCCAGGACAGGCUGGUUCCCCAGGCCAGGCUGAACCCCCCAUCCCACACAGCAUCGGCCUCAGCAAGCGGGAGCAGAGGGGCACCUCGAGCAGGCCAGGUACCCAUGAGAGGGGACACAGAGACGAGCAGGAUGUCACUGGGAUGUGUUGCAGGGCUCUGAGGUACCUGGGUAGCAGAGAGCUAUUUCUGCUGCUCACAGGAUUUGGCCACCUCUGUGCCACCCCAACUGUUCCUGUUUGCUGGGUACCCUCCACCUUUUCUGGGGAGCCAGGCUGUCUGCAGACCCUCAGGCCUGCAGGAGCCCACGAGCAGUGUUUGGGUUUGUGGUCCUGGAGCACAGCACGGUGCCUUAGUGCUACAGGAGUGUCCCUAUCACGCAGUGAUAUCACUGUCCAGCUCUCUCCAUCCCCUGUGUGGCCUGGGCAGCUGGUGCUGGCUCUCGGCACUUCUUGUGCCCUGCUUGUCAGUAUGGAUUGAUCUGCUAUGGGAUUCGGUGAGGCAGCCUCUGUUUUUGUGCCUGGGGCCUGAGGGAAGCGCUGUCCUUGGCAAUAAAGCGUUUGCUGGGCUCUCA